AAAAAAUAUCUCAUAAGUAGUAGUUUUGGUGAGAAGACGAGAGUCAAAACUCAAUACUGAAUAUGGGAAGUUAUUGCAGAGACAUGGGUACUUUAGCCUCAACAGGAACUUAUGCUUCAAUAAGAAGAAGUAGCAGCAGCAGCUCUUUGAGUUUGAGAAGAAGGCCAGUCCAUUACAACAAUUGCUUCAUUCCACCAUUUUCUUCUCCUCUGCUCCCAUCAUCUAAGAAAGGCAAUGUAAAUAUUCGGAGAUUGUUUAUGGAGAAUAUAAUCAGCAAAGUAUCAUGUAGCUUGCUGAAAGUGGAAGAUGGCACAGAUGACGAGGCAUGUGAAUUGGUAAGUGGAUUGGAACUUUCAAUUGGGGAGGGUGCUGACAGCAUCAAUGCUUGUCUCUUCAAGGCAAUGAAAAAUAAUAAUGGUUGUGGCAUUCUGCUGUUGUCUGAUAUUUUUGGGUUUGAAGAUUCUUCCACAAGAGAGUUUGCAUAUCGUGUUGCUUGCAAUGGUUACAAUGUUCUAGUUCCAGACUUAUUUCGUGGAGAUCCAUGGGCAAAGGACCGACCAAAGAUUAUGUUUGAACAAUGGAUUGCAAGUCAAGACCCCCAAAGGAUGGCAAAUGACAUUGCUGCAUCAACAAAAUGGAUGGUUGAUGAAUUUGUGGCUGCUGGAAUCUCAAAGAAGCUUGGCGUAAUUGGUUUUUGCUAUGGAGGUGGCCGAGUGAUAGAGGUACUGGCCAGAGAUCAGGGUGCUUGUUUUGGCAUUGGGGUCUCCUUUUAUGGUACAAGGAUGGACCCAUCUAUAGCAUCUGAUAUAAAGGUUCCUGUAUUAUUUAUCUCAGGGGACAAUGAUCCACUUUGUCCCAUCAGUGUCUUAAGGGAUAUUGAGACAACAAUAGGUAGGGGAUCUCAGGUUGUGGUUUUCAGGGAAAGAGGUCAUGGCUUUGCCCACCGGCCUGCAUCUCCUGAAGAAGAUGGAGAUGCAGAACAGGCUUUCAUGAUAAUGAGAAAUUUUCUUAAUGAUGGCUUAGUUAUAAAUAACUAAAUGCUUGUUAAUUUACAUAAGAUCUUGUGUGUAUCUAUCUUAAAGGUGAAGCUCAUGUUAUUACUUCACAAAAUGAUGAUAUUUACUAUUCUAUAUCAUUCUGUAAUUGCUUGUUCAGUUUUAAGAUGUAGCAUAGCUUAAUUGGAAAGUCUCUAGAGCGUGUUACUGCUGUUCUGGAGGCCAAACUUCAGUUUAUGCUCCUAUAAAAAGUUCAUAUUUGGUUUGACCA